AUGGGACCAACUACUUUAUCAAUCACCACCAUCAACAUCAUCAACAACAUCAUUUUCGUCAUCAUCACAAAUAGCAAUAUUUAUUCAAUCAACCAAUAUUCGAAUGCAUCCAUAAAUGAUGUGGUAUUCAAAGUAUACUUUGCCGAUGGUAGUUACAAAUCAAUGCUGGUGAAUGAGAAUGAUGCCACCAGCAAAGUUGUCCAAACCAUACUUGAAAAAGUGACUUUUCCAAAGACAAAAGGGUUAGCUCUGUUUGUAGCAACAAGAGACACCUCAGGUAUUUCACUUUCAUAA